UUCCCUAACGAGCUGAUAGUUCUUGACCGCUAUGGGCUGUCGAAAAACCGAAGUAUGUCGGUGCAAUCAAGGUAUGGCACUGUCAUACCCAGCGUGAUGGUACUUCUUCUUUUCUUCUUUCUUUUCUUUUUCUUUCUUUUCUUCUUUUUUCUUCACAAUCUCGACCGCAACCUCUCGCCCACUCAAGCCUGUAAUUGCAACUACGAGAAAAUUUUUCACCUGUCCCCAACCGCCUCUGGGACGAGUAUGAGUUCACAGCGGGACGAGAUCCUCACCUCUGCACAAUGCGGGGAGUGUUGUCUGUGGUACAGCGCUGCCCGGCCCACUCAAGCACUGAAUAUGAGACCAAACAGUCGCACUUCCCAAUUCUUGGGAACGUAUCCUGACAGGCAAAUUACCAGACGUCAAGUGGAAGCCAAAUACUUCGAACAGCAGUUAUUGUGGCCACCCGUCGCCACUCAUUUGGAGCCUACAGCUGAAGUAGAACCCUGGACGGUGAAACUGGACCGCCCUACAGCCCCAGAUGUUUAUGAAAGCAUACCUACUUUCAAGCACCACCGAGCAUCUGGUCCGAAUGACCUCUCAUCCACAUUGUUCAAAGAUGUGGGUAAAGUCCUCAGUCUGCGUUUGUGUGAUCUUUGCCUGCAUUUGGGAAUAGACGACCGUCCCAGACUAUUGGGGGGAGUCGGUAACGAAACGCUUAUCGAUCUGGAAUUCGCAGACGACAUCAUUCUCAUCUUCGAAGAGAAGAAGUCGCCGGUGUUUUCAGAUGAACUGACUAAAGUCAUCCUGCCUUUUGGUAUGCACCCAGAAAGACGGGCAUUUCCACCUCAAGGGACCUAUUCUACGGUUAAGGACACUGAUACUUUGAACGCAGUUGGCGCCGAAUCGGAGCAAUGUGUCAAUGGCAACUGGGAGCUACCUCUGGAAGAAUGUUGGUUGUACAAAAUAUCGAAGAGUAAAUCAUCAGGUCCACCGAUUAUCCCUGUUUCCAAGUGGUUACGUGAUGUUUUUGAUCAACCCGAUUCUCCCUUCAGCCAAUCCAGACGAAACCUACUAACCAGACUCGAAGUAAUUCUGGCUGCCGGAGGUCCCACUGCUGCUUAUCGCUUUGGCGGAAGCGUUCCUUCUCUGAACCUCAACUACUCACAACCAACCAGCGCUUUUGAUCAGCAAAGUGCCAUCAAUGGUAGCUCGGGGAUUCAUACAGGAUAUAAUGCUUUUCAUCAGCACGUGGGUGGGAUUCCCUCUACCGGCUCUUCUGAAAGUUUGUCAACGGGGGCACAUGGCCAAAUUGAAUAUGCACCCGUGUUGGCUGGUACACAUGCGAAUGCACUCACUUUCAAUCGUAUUCGACGCCCUAAAUACAGCUUACCUCCACAACGCAGUGGAUCACAGCGACUGGUGGCCACUCCUUCUAGUUCAACAUCCCACCUAUCACAGUCACUGGGUGGCGGGCAGAUCAAUCGUGUUUGGUCCGGUUCGACAGGGAAAAUUGGUUCUUGUGAUGCUCUGGAAACAAUAAAAACAGAUGUGCAAGAAAUCGCUCGCAUACAGGAGGACAAUUUAAAGGCAGAGGUUGCAGCAUUAGCUGCUGCGGCUGCUGGUCGUCAUGGUAGCCAACAUUCCCUUGGGUCCUAUGGUCGUCGUAGCAUAGACGGCAGCCUAACCCAGUUAACCAGUGCACCUGGCAGCCCUAGUGCAAGCACGACACAGCUAACUACCGUAAUUCAAAUGAAAAAGGACUCCAGCUUUGACGAGAUGACUGCAGUUAAUCAUACUCCACCAGGCGCUUACCAGACAGCCGGGAGCUCCGGCAUAUUUCUUCCAAACGGGUCGGCUUCUACUCUUCAAAGUCAAGUGAACGGCCCUGGUCCUUCACAGGCUUUUAACCCUCAAAAUUCGCUGGACUUUAGUGACAAUCAUCCAUACGGUCCGCCCCCCUCUCGGUUUGCUUCUCAUCCCAAUGGGGUAAGAACCCCCUAUUCUAUCCUGCCACAAAGACCCUCACUGCCACCUCCUUACGAAGCGUCAGCGGUAGGCGGCUCUUUGACUGCCCCCACAGUCCACUCUCAAUCUGGCAUUCCUAACACUAUGCCGGCCGAGCCAAGGACUCAUUUUGGUUUCCGCCCCUCUCGUAAAGUUUCCACGCCGUCUUUUCCCAACAGACCACCACUACCAGCGGAACUUAGACGGGUUUCUGCCACUAAUUUGAACCCGACCAACGCUUGUGUGGGCCUAUUAUUGUUGUUUUCAGAUGUCACUUGCUCUUUUUCAGCUGAUUCAAUGUCAGACAUCGACGUCCAGCAGUUCAUUGAUACUUGCCGUUCACUUUUUGGACCGGCUUUAGAAGGAUCCACACCGCAAGAGCCAGUCAAUUAUAUUCGGGAUCAACUAGAUGUGGAUCGCAUCAGGGAAGAUUUGGCACGACUAAAACGCGAAGUUGGAGUGCUUGAGGCCAAUUGCGAACACGCACGCCAGGCGCUAAUAGAUGCUGGGAUCCCGCUUCCA